AUGUUAAGAAUAAACAGUGAUAAGGAAGGCAAAUAUUUACUGAAAUAUGCAAAUUUUUGGAAUGCAGAGACCUUUGAUAGCUGCCUCAGUAAUGCUGUUGGAGUUUCCAAUUCAAGUAUCAUCCUUGACAGCUUCCUGAGGGCAUCAAGUCAUUACCAAAGCCACGGUUACAAUGGACCACCAUCAUAUGGACGUCUGAACGGUACCAGAGGCAAUGGAUGGUGCGCCGAAAUAAAUGAUAAAGAUCAGUGGCUUCAAGUCGAUCUCGGGAAAAUUAUUGAAGUGUGCGCUGUUGCAACCCAAGGAGACAUCAAUGGCAGUGAAUGGGUGAUAGACUUUAAACUAGCGUACACUAAAUCCUAUGAGAAAGUAUGGCCAACUUAUAAGGAUGCUAACGACUCAGAAGUGUGGGUAGUAAAGGUGCGUUCCUCAAUGUACUGCUUCUCAAUUUCGACAUCAACAUGGGAAAAAGGGUGUGCUGAAGCUCUAGGGAUGGAGAGCAGGGCCAUCGCCGACAAUCAAAUUAGUGCCUCUUCUCAAUGGGAUCACAAUAAAGCUGCUUAUAACGGUAGACUUCACUUUAAAAAAUCACAUGGCAAAGCAGGGGCUUGGGUGGCUGGCACAAGUGAUGAAAACCAGUGGCUUCAGAUAGAGCUGAUUAAUCCACACGUUAAAAUAACAAGGGUUGCAACGCAAGGACGAAACAGCCAAUCUUCGUUGAACUGGGUAACCAGCUACGAGCUAACUUACAGCAGCGAUGGAAUAAAGUUCCACACUUAUAGAGAACAUGGACAUAUGGAGGCGAAGAAUUUCUCUGGAAACACAGACAGAGACACUGUCGUGUACCAUGACCUCUUUCCACCAAUUAGAGCAAGAUACAUCCGUUUCCGACCGACAGCUUGGUAUAAUUGGAUAACAAUGCGAGUAGAGCUGUACGGCUGUUUAG